AUGGAGAACCCUGAAGAAAACACACUCCGAAUCCUAAUAGCAACGGAUUGCCAUCUAGGUUACAUGGAGAAAGACGAAGUUCGCCGCCACGAUUCCUUCCAAGCAUUCGAAGAGAUUUGCUCCAUAGCGGAACAGAAGCACGUCGAUUUCAUGCUACUCGGCGGUGACCUUUUCCACGAAAACAAACCUUCUAGGUCAACUUUAGUCAAAGCUAUUGAGAUUCUCCGUCGCUAUUGCCUCAGCGAUCGACCUGUUCCUUUUCAAGUUGUUAGCGAUCAGACUCUCAAUUUUCAGAAUACGUUCGGUCAUGUAAAUUAUGAAGAUCCUCAUUUCAAUGUUGGUUUGCCUGUGUUUACCAUUCAUGGAAAUCAUGAUGAUCCUGCUGGAGUGGACAACCUUUCUGUAGUUGAUAUUCUCUCAGCAUGUAAUUUAGUCAACUACUUUGGGAAAACGGUCCUUGGGGGUUCAGGUGUUGGUCAGAUCACUAUCAACCCUAUUCUUAUCAAAAAGGGUUCAACAGCUGUAGCUCUAUAUGGUCUGGGAAACAUUAGAGACGAAAGACUGAAUAGGAUGUUUCAAACACCACAUGCUGUGCAGUGGAUGCGACCUGAAUCUCAUGAAGGAUGUGAAGUUUCUGAUUGGUUCAAUAUUCUGGUACUUCAUCAAAACAGAGUGAAAACAAAUCCCAAAAAUGCAAUAAAUGAGCAUUUCCUGCCACGCUUCCUAGACUUCAUUGUGUGGGGGCAUGAGCAUGAAUGUCUGGUUGACCCACAGGAAGUUCCAGGGAUGGGAUUUCACAUUUCACAACCAGGGUCGUCUGUUGCAACAUCACUUAUUGAUGGAGAAUCGAAGCCAAAACAUGUACUUCUUUUAGAAAUUAAGGUUGGAAAUCAAUAUCGCCCUACUAAGAUACCUCUAACAUCUGUGCGGCCUUUUGAGUAUACCGAGAUAAUACUAAAAGAUAUUCCUGAUAUUGACUCCAAUGAUCAGAAUUCUAUUCUUGAACAUCUCGACAAAGUGGUCGAGAAGCUUCUAGAAAAAUCUAGUAAGCAAGUUGUCCUAAGAGCAGAACUGAAGCUUCCACUAAUACGUAUCAAGGUAGAUUACUCUGGAUUUAUGACUAUAAAUCCUCAAAGAUUUGGGCAGAAAUAUGUAGGAAAGGUUGCAAACCCGCAAGACAUCCUUAUAUUUUCAAAGGCAUCAAAAUUGGAGAAGGGUGCAGGAAAAAUUGAUGAUUCAGAACGACUACGUCCAGAAGAAUUAAAUCAACAGAACAUAGAGGCUUUGGUUGCAGAAAAUAAUCUGAAAAUGGAGAUACUUCCAGUCAAUGAUUUGGAUAUUGCUUUACACAAUUUUGUGAAUAAGGAUGAUAAAAUGGCAUUUUACACUUGUGUACACAACAAUAUUGAGGAAACACGGACUAAAAUUGCUAAGGAUUCAAAUGAGCGAAAGUUUGAGGAGGAAGAUUUAGUUGUUAAAGUUGGAGAGUGCUUUGAGGAACGUGUUAAGGAACGGUCCAUGCGCCCUAAAGGAUCUACACAGCUCACUCCUGGUACUCACUCCUUUGAGGACUUUCAAGGAAGAAGUGCUGCUGGAGCUGAUAGUGCAGUUUCCUUCAGUGAUGAUGAAGAUGCAAUGCCAAUAUCGAGCUCAAAGCCAAGCACUAGAGGUCGAAAAGGAUCCUCUGCAUCUCAAACUACUACCAGAGGAAGGGGCAGGGGCAGGGGUAGGGGCAAAGGCAAGGAUUCCAGCACAUUGAAGCAGACAACCCUUGAUGGAUCUUUAGGGUUUCGCUCUUCUCAAAGGUCUGCAUCAGUUGCUGCAACAACUGCCAUUCGAAGUGGUGCCGAUGAUGGUGAUAAUAUGGCUUCUGGUUCAAGUGACGAUGCCAAAGGAAAUGCAGUCGAAGAAAUUGAUGACAGUUCGGACAAUGAAUCCAAUCUACCGGCACGGAAAAGAGCUGCUCCAAAGGGAAGAGGUAAAGGUGCUACACAGUCUUCUAAACGGGGGAGGAAAUCAGACAACUCUUCAAUCCAUAGAAUGCUCAUGAACAAUGACGACGACGACGAUGACGAUGAUGACAAUGUUCAAAAGAGAUUAAAUCCGUCUCAGCCUCGGGUGACCAGAAACUAUGGAGCUCUAAGAAGGUGA